AUGAGGAUCAGCGUGUGGGACGCUCAGCCCAUUGAAAACCUCUUGAAGAGCUUACAACUACAGCAACAUCUGUGGCUUUACCACAACAAAGCACAACUCUGUUCCUUCGCCGCACACAGCUUUGAAGUCGAACGGAGACAGAAAGCAGCUAUUGUUCCCUCAGGCCUACACGAAGGCCCUCCAACUCGGGAUCGGACACCAAACUCAACCCCAGAAUCCAUCAAAUCUUCUCCCUUGAUGUUGCUGGAAGACACCUGUAAUCCCAUUGGCCACUCUCGUACAUCCCGAUCCAUGGAGUCCUACAUCCCAUAUGCUUCCCCAAAUAAACCCUUCCAUCCCUGGAGAAGUACUGACUCCACUCAUCCAACCCAAUCCUCCUUCUCGUCUCCUUUAAAUUAUGAUAUGCCACUGACUGAACACUUUGACUUUUCACCGCUGAAGAUGUUGCCUUGCCCGUCCUCAUAUACCACUAUUUCAACCUGCGUACCCACGCACACCAGACUCGUGCACGCGCAGAGACAUUUGGCACGGGAUGACAUCCAGUGGUGGAGCUCCGCCGAUCAUUCAUCUGCGCAUUUUCAGCUCACACGUGGGUGGGUUUUGAGUCAACCGGAGUUCGGCCACUAUCAGUCCCAAAUCCUUCUGAACUCAACGUCCCGGAGAUGCCGGAGAUGCAUGUGUCCUAAUUGCCAGAAAAACACAGACGCGCCGGGCAGGCGAAAGCAGCACGCGUGCCACAUACCGGGCUGCGGGAAGGUGUACGGCAAAACGUCUCACCUGAAGGCGCACCUGAGAUGGCACGCGGGGGAGCGACCCUUCAUCUGCAGCUGGAUGUUUUGCGGGAAAAGCUUCACGCGCUCGGAUGAGCUCCAGCGGCAUCUGCGCACACACACCGGGGAGAAGCGAUUCACCUGCCCGGACUGCUCCAAGCGCUUCAUGCGCAGUGACCACCUGGCCAAGCACCUGAAGACACACCUGUUGAGGAAGAAAAGAGCGCUGUUUCCCAUGCUGGAUCACGUCAAUAAAACUCUUACAUCUUAA